CUCUGUGGUCGUGUUAAAAAAUUGUUCGUUUAUGUCAGUUUGUCAGUAUCGGCUGUCUUCUAAUUAUUUAUUCCAAAACAAUAUCAUAAAAUUGCUUUUUUAAUUUUUUACAAAAUUAUACUUAAAUUAAACAUCACAGUAUGGAUCACAUAGCAUCAGAAAAAGGAGAUACAACAGAAAAUCAAGAUCCAAAUUCUGUAUCGAAUGGCGCAACUAAAAUCAUGGAUAAACCCGUGGUCAACGAAAAAAUAUUGCAGAUAGAUCCACCAGCGGAGUGCUCAGCCGGUACAUCCGAUACCACAGAGGAAAGCGAAGUCUGCGAGAUCCCAGAACAAGUCGAAUUUACUGUAGUUUUUAACAAAGUGAAACAUGAUAUUACGUUUGCUUACGACGCCACAGUGUUAGAACUAAAAGCUCAUUUGGAAAGGAUAUGCGGCGUUCCGCAAUCAGCUCAAAAAUUAAUCAUCAAAGGUAUGGCUCGCGAUGAAAUGACGCUCAGGAAAGCUGGAAUAGUCAAAGGAGGAAAAGUUAUGCUUGUAGGAUCCAAAAUGGAUGACAUAUUGGCUGUGAAAAGUGUCCCAAAGGAAAUUUUAGAAGAAAAAGCUACAACCCAAACUAGUAAAGAACCAUUAUGCAUGCAAAAAAUUCAUAGGAAAGUACUUGAUAAAGGUAUUCCGCCUGAUGUAAUGCCAGGAAUUAAAGGAGUAAAGGAGCCUCUACCACCAGUACCUUUAAGUGGUAUGUUAAAUAAACAUGGCGGUAAAGUAAGAUUAACAUUCAAACCAGAUCAGGAUCAACUUUGGUUAGGCACUAAAGAACGUACAGAGAAACUUGCCAUGACUUCUAUCAAAAGUAUCACAUCUGAACCUAUAAAAGAUCACGAAGAAUAUCACAUCAUGGUAAGUUAAUUUAAUUUAUUUUUAUUUCAUAUAAAUCUAGUACGAGUGAAUUA